UCAAAAUUUAAAUAUGUAAUCAAAGAUAUGUUCAAUGUAAAACAUAGCUAAACUAAUUGUCUUUAAGUUAAAAUUAAAAUAGCAAAGACAUACAUUGGAGAUAAAAAGCAAGAUAAUAGAGAAUCAAUUUAUACAAUUAGGGUCAUUCAAGAAAUAUCAGUGGUACAUGGCGUGACUAUUAUAUUAAUAGCUCAAGAUUUCAUUCAUCUAACAUCUCUUUAUUGAAAUAUUUAUUGUAAGUACGUAUAAUAAUUCGUCCAAUUAGAAUCGCUAGGAAUAAUAUUACAAAUUGCAUGCUGCUGAAAAACUUCUGUGUUUAAAGGAUUUCUGAUACCCUAUUAAAAAAAAUAUACGCUACAGUUUGUAAAAAUGGAGCUACAAUGCAAAGUUCAAAAUUAUGAAUGGGGGAAGCUAGGACAGAAUAGUACAGUAGCAAAGCUGGUUGCAAGUGCUGAUUCUUCAGUUUCUAUUGAUAAUGCUAAACCCUAUGCUGAGUUAUGGAUGGGUACACAUACAAAUGGACCAUCAAUUAUUAUAGAAAGAGACAUACCUUUGUCAGAGUAUUUGAAGACCAAUUUAGAUGCAGUCGGUCCAGAUGUAAGAAAGAAGUUUGAUGUUUUUGUGCCUUUUCUGCUUAAAGUUCUAUCAGUAAGAAAAGCAUUGUCUGUCCAAGCACAUCCUACAAAGGAACAUGCAGAGCAACUGCACAAAACUUUUCCAGAUUUGUAUAAAGAUCCCAAUCACAAACCUGAACUAGCUAUUGCACUUACACCAUUUGAAGGUCUAUGUGGUUUCAGACCUAUUUCUGAGAUCAAGGAUUUUAUUAUUAAUUUGCCAGAACUACAACAAAUAUUGUCUGAAGAUGUUGUGAAUCCAAUACUUAACAGUAGAAAUGGUGACAAUACAAAGUUGCUCAAAGAUAUCUUCCAUUCUUUAAUGUCAUGUGAUAAGAACAAAAUAGUAAAUGGUCUCGAGUCUCUGCUGAAUAGAUUGCAAACUGAAGAACCAUCAACUCAGUCAUCUCUUCUUUAUCCAUUACUAAAUCGACUGCAUUCAGAUUACCCUGGAGAUGUGGGAUGUUGGGCUCCAUAUUUUAUGAACUAUAUGCAACUGAUGCCUGGCCAGGCAAUAUUUUUAAAACCCAACUUGCCCCAUGCAUAUCUCAGUGGUGACUGCAUAGAAUGCAUGGCUUGCUCGGACAAUGUGGUUCGAGCUGGUCUCACCCCAAAGCACAUCGAUGUGGCAACACUAGUUGACAUGUUGGACUACAACAGUUACCACCCGAGUGAAAUGUUGUUUAAUCCACAAAUAGAAGACCCGAAUAGUUGCAUUUGGAGACCGCCUGUACCAGAUUUUGCUGUGGUUAAAAUCAGGGUGGAACCCGGAGAUUCCUAUAACACAAUAGUGCGACCUAGCCCUAGUAUCAUGAUAAUAAUAUCUGGGUCUGGGGAAGCCUGUGAUACGGAACCAAUUUCAAUACGCCCUGGAGUCGUUAUAUUCUUGAAGGCGAGCCGACAGCUGACUUUGACAUCCACUGAAAAUUAUAUUGAGGCAUAUCAAGCUAUUUGCAAUGUUUGACAAAAUUGUUCUUAAUUCAAAUUUGUUUGUUUUUUAAAUAGUUUUUUUUUAUUACGACAAUAGUUUUAACUUUAUGCCAGUUUAUAUA